UACCUACAAAUUACUACCUAAAUACCUAUAAUGUAUAUGAUACGUACGUAUUUAGUACUACCUAAGUACUGUAAUAGACAACAGUAAAGAUAAUAUUAUAUUUGAACUGAACUAUUGAAGAGUGAAGGGCAUUCAAAAUAUUCUUGCAGUUAAAUUUACUCGAUUAUUCUCAUUUCUCUCUACCUAUUUAACUAUCUAAGUUAGAACGUUUUGAGUUCAUAAGUUUCGUGGUUUUCUCUCGAAGCAGUUCUUGUGUUUCUAAAAUUAAAUUUAUAAUCAUCUUGAAAAUAAAAAUGAUGUGGUAUUUAACAUUAUGUUUGGUUACGCUAAGCGUAUCUGCAUGCAAGUACAAUGUCAAACAAGCUAUGGAAAAAAAAUUGAUCGUACCGGAUGUCAUUCCUAUUGCUCCAAAGGAAAUGUUACAAGUAUAUUAUCCAAGUGGUUUGAAAGCAGAACUUGGUUAUGAACUAACACCCACUCAGGUGAAAGACCAGCCAUCUGUUAGAUGGAAUGCUGAACUUUAUUCAUUCUACACAUUAUGCUUAACUGAUCCGGAUGCAGGACAAUUAAAGGAAUUUAACCAUUGGUUAGUAGGAAACAUACCAGGUGCUGAUGUGAGUGUGGGAGAGACACUAACAGCGUAUGUUGGUUCUGCUACUCCACCGAAAACAGGACUUCAUCGUUACGUGUUUUUAGUAUACAAGCAACCAUCAAAAUUGGUAUUUGAUGAGCAGCAUAUAAGCAAUAGAACUGCUGAAAAUCGUUUUAAGUUUUCAAUUCAUAACUUUUCAAAGAAGUACAAAUUAGGAACACCUGUUGCUGGUAAUUUCUAUCUGGCACAAUAUGAUGAUUAUGUUCCAAUUUUGUUUCAUCAACUCGGAGUUUAGUAAUCAAUUAUUACUAAUUGGAACCUAAUUUUAAGUUAAUUGAGUAUUUACGAGUCUACACUACCAUUAGGUUAUGUAGUUUUUUUUGUAUACAAUCAAGGUUUCUACACUUAUUUAAUUUAUAGAUGAAAGAACUUUUCAAAAAUAUUAUUGUAUUAUUUAAGCUUUUUUAAAAAAAAUAAACUUAAUUUUAUUUUAAUAUGCUUGUUAAGCUAAUAAAAAUACUGUGUCUCAUAAUCAUAAGUUGUUAUAAAAGUUACACCACAACUCUCUCAAACAUUGUUGUUCUAUUCAGCAUAAGAUUAAUAUACAAAUGUGUUUGAAUGUAAAAAUAUUGCUAUGUUACUGGCCAAACUAUUUUAUUGAGGUAUGUGGGAUUUGUGAAAUAUAGUUGAGUUAAAUAAUGUAA